ACAAAUCUACAUAGGAACCUCCUUCAUAUAUAUUCCUGAGUGCACUCCGCCCUAUUGAUGCAGGUCAACUUUGUUCAUGCCCGAUACAAAUAGUGAGUCUGAUAGCUCGUAAUGAUUUAUGCUCACUAUUCUCUCAGAGAUCCUAUUUGUCUUACUGAUGCUCCCAUUCCUUAGAGGCGCAUACAGCAUUAAUAUCACCGAUUGCUUCAUCAAUCUCAGAAACAAUUCAAACAACAGUUCCCAUCCAUCUGGAUUUGUCAAUGUAAACGGUGAAAAUGUCCUGUCAUCAGACAUGACUGCAGUGGGAUUAACCUACCAUACGUGUUACACGUACUGCGGCUCUGGAACACAGAAUCCCACCUGGGCAAACAUAUCACAGCAGUUCGGCGCCUGGCUAUUGCCUUACCUUGCCCUCAUUUCUCAGCUGCCUUUCGGUGCAAGACAUAGAGUUGACAAUCUCAUGUCUGCCAUCCUCACAGUCGGUUCACCAGUUCUCGCUGGUUACUCCAUGAUUAUCACCAUUCUCAACGCCAAUUGGAUCAGUCGUCGGUUCGAAGACCUAUCUUUCCCUAACACUAAAGACGCUGUCCGCAUCCUUAUAAGCCUUCAACAAAGUCCACUGAGAAUAACAAAUGAAGACUCCCUGCUGAGCUCUCUCGUUGCCCUGCCACACAAUGAUGACUGGUGGCCGACCAUCGCCGAUUUUCUCGACUACACUCAUACCUGGUCCAUCGCAUCUGUGACAUCCAUUGCGUGGGUUGUUGUCGCCUACCUGCUGACCGUCGCCAGCUCGCUAUCGGACGUCCCCUCCAAUAUCAAUACCAACGGUCAAGGGACAGGAUCGGUGUGGUUGUGGCUUAUCCCAAUCGUUAUAGGUUGUGUAAGGAUUCAUAUCCUUUACGCCCCGACUAUAACUUUACAAUGAGACACACGGACACAUGUCCCGUCAGCCACGUGACGUACUGAUGCGAAGAAGCACCACGCUUCCCAUCCGAGUCACGCGGAUACAAUCUUUUCUUCUUACCUUCAUUAUCUCACUACUUGACGACAUUCAGCACGACCAUUCAGUUGUCGCCACACGAUACCCUUGCCAUUACCAACAUUCUGACACCUUUCUUUCGUCACCAUCCCUCGUUCUACUUCGCCGUACCAAGAACAGU